AUGGAAACAAAUAUCAACAAAAACAAUGUGAACAAAACCUGUAACAAGCUGCCAGCUGCUGGAGAGACCCCUGCUAGUGUCUCUAGCGUUUUUCCUUCAGAGCAGGUUUCAUCAUCUGGUGUGUCAGAUCUUCCCAGAAUUUUGCCCAGAGUAGUAGAUCAAGAAGCUGAUCCCAGACAAAGGCGACCAGGCACUGCAAUAAUAUCAAAGCAGUCAGAUUCUUCAAAUAUGUCUGAGACACCACUGAAUCGGCCUGUCGUCCCACCAAAAAGACCUGGCUUCAGGGUAUGCUAUAUCUGUGGCAGAGAAUUUGGGUCACAGUCUAUUUCUAUACAUGAACCCCAGUGCCUAGAGAAGUGGCAUAUUGAAAACAAUAAGCUACCGAAGCAUCUCAGAAGAGUGGAGCCCAGAAAACCUGAGGUCCUGGGUGGUGGUUCCUGCACACUUGCAGAUGAAAAUGAGGCAGCCUACCAGAGUGCUCAAGCCCAGCUCCUGCCCUGUGAAAACUGUGGACGAACCUUCCUUCCUGACCGACUCAUUGUGCACCAAAGGAGUUGCAAAGGAGGUAGCAGCAAGGAGGGGCAGUCAAGCUCUGCCCCCCGUACCUCUGGAAAAGGCCCAAGCUCUGGAUCUGGCUCAGCGAGCAAUGAUCCAUUGAAGACCAUGGAAGGAAAGGGCGGAGCUGCACCAGCCACGUUAAACAAGGCACAAGGGAUAAGACGGCCACCAACAGUGAUUUGUUACAUAUGUGGCCGUGAGUAUGGAACAAAAUCUAUUGCAAUACAUGAGCCACAAUGCCUUAAAAAAUGGCACCAGGAGAAUGACAUGCUACCCAAGCACCUGAGAAGACCAGAGCCUAAAAAGCCUGAUGUCAAUCCUGUACAAGCCAAAGGUUUCUAUGAUCUUGAUGCUUUAAAUGAAGCUGCCUGGACCAGCGCCCAGAACCAGCUAGUUCCAUGUGAUAUUUGUGGGCGUACUUUUCUUCCAGACAGACUGAUUGUCCACCAGCGGUCCUGUAAACCAAAACCUGCAAAAUGA